AUAUAUGGUGUUGGUGGAAGCUAAGUGGGAGUUUGAAGGUUUGAAGUUUGACGUUUGAAUUAGGGCUCCGAUUGGAAAACAAAUGCAUGGGAAGAGAACGGUAUGUUCGGAUGAUGAAUCGGAGGAAGAGAAGGCGUUGUUUCCGAUGUACUCGGCUAGAUCUCAACACGACAUGUCGGCCAUGGUGUGUGCCCUAGCUGAAGUCAUCAAAUCCAACCGAACCCCUUCAGAUCAUACAACUUCACAACCGCAACCACCACAACCGCAGCCACAUGAAGAUAAUGAUCAACAAGGUAGCGGCGGAAGCUGCAGCAGAAGAAGACACUAUCGUGGAGUAAGGCAGAGACCGUGGGGCAAGUGGGCGGCCGAGAUCCGUGAUCCGAAAAAGGCAGCUAGAGUUUGGCUGGGGACUUUCGACACUGCCGAGGCUGCCGCACUUGCUUACGACCAAGCUGCCCUCAGCUUCAAAGGAACCAAAGCAAAGCUCAAUUUCCCAGAGAGGCUUCAGCCUCAGCCUCACAACUUCUUCUUCAACGCUCCUCCUCCUCACCCUCACAACCUCUUCUUCAACGCUCCUCCUCCCACUUUUAAUUCUUCUCAUCAGGAUCACGAACAGGAACAGGAACAAGAUGCUGCACCCCCCAACUGAUUCUACUCUCUAUCCCAUUGUUGUCCGCGUCUUUUCUUUUCAUUUUUCAACGUCUCAACAUUUCCAUCGACAUCCAUAUGUAUCCAAUGGGUUCAACAUCAACCUAACAAGUAAAUCGAA